UUUGUUUGUCAUCUCACUUCAGAUCACUCCGUCUUGAUGUUUCCAUUCCAGUUUUAAAGAAUUUGUGUUGUGAGGAAAGAAAGCGAAUUUUAAAUUGGUUUAAUUAUUCAUUAAAACCGGUGACCUCUUUUAUCUCGUACAUGACUACCUGGUUAAUUGAUGUUACUGUUUCUCAGUGGAAGGUGCCACAUUGUGUUGAGUUUAUUAAAGUAUGUCCCACACCAAGGGCCCCGAACGGGAAGGCUUACCGAAAUCGGGAAGGGUGAACGAAGUGUGUCAGGAAUGGAUGGUGAGGGAGGACAUGGCUUUGGCGUACCGCCUACAAAAUAAAGAAUUCGACGAACAUUUAAGCGGAAACAAGUACAGGAAUCAGCUGGUUAGGGAGGACAUUCCCAAAGCUAAAGAUGAACAGCUUAGGGAGCAAAGGUUGGCCGAACAAGCCGCAGCCAUUUACCAGAAGAUGUUGGCCGAACAGGAGGAGAUUGACAACCAAUUGGCAAAAGAUUUGGCUGACAAAAUCGAAAGGGAGGAGAGAUUGAAAAGGAGGGAGAUUGAAAUGAGAGAUCAGGAUGUUGCCAGGCAGCUACUGGAACAGGAAAGACACAAAGUUGAAAGGCACCAUCACAUGCCCAACUAUCCACCACACUUUUCUCCACAGAAACCAGCGUACCCUCCACCUAAAACAGAGAGUCACCCUUCUCCUCACAGACCAAAUUCUUUAAAUUAUCAAGCUAAUCUGCCCAGGAGGCAAGCCUUGGCUAUGCCUCUACCUCACGAAAUUAGCCCUGUUGAUGAUGUGUAUUUAGACCCAAUUAGAACUAAAGAAGAGAUAGAAAGUGCCGAGUUAUACACAGAACCUUACAAGCCAACUGAAAAACUAUCCGACCAAUUAAAUCGGAUAGAUAUCGCGGAAAUUGGGGUGCCAAUUGACGAAGUAACAGAGCGUCAAAUCCAGGAAGAAAGAGACGCCGCCUUGGCCCGACAGUUACAGGAACAAGAAGGCUCCAUAGAAGAGACCUUGAUGAAUCGAGAUCGUUUGUUGGCUAUCGAAGCUCAAGACAAGGAACUUGCCAAAUUACUACAAGAACGCGAAAGGGCCAAGGCGAGGAGGGCGAGGGAACGAGCCAAACAAAAGGCUUUGGCCAAAAAGCAGCAGCAAAUCGAUCUCCAACAGCACGAACACAGGAAUGUAGACCAGUUAAUGCCUGAUGAUUCAUACGCUUUUCCGGCAGAUAUGAUACAACAAACCUCAUCAGUACCAAGGACCGUGGCAGCACAUCCAGACAUGUACGCGGUGCCAAAUCCGAACGAUGAAGAUGUUAGUUACAGUUUACCAGUGGACGUACUGCCCACUGGAUCAGGUGACAGGCUUAGAGUGAGUCACAGGCAAAACUAUGGGUCUGAAUUGAAGGAGAUCAAUGUCGUUCCUGGUGGUCAUUCUUCCAGUUUUGAGGAAAAGAUUUCCAAUGGGUUGCCACCACAGAGGCCCACACAGUUGGACUUAAAGUCUCCUUUAACCAAGAUAAACAAACCCCGUUAUCCCGACCCGGAACCCUGCGACAGCUUCCAAUCGACCUCGUCGACAUCCCCGACGUCCCACCAAACCGCCCACACCAACAUCGCAAUGGCAAUCGACCCGACGUACUCGAGACGCGGGGGCGGCGGCCCGGCCAGCAGCGGCGGCAGCUACCACCGCCACUCGUCCAGCUACGACACCGCGUCCAGCACGGUGACCACGAGCACGUCCAGCAGCAGCCCCGGCAUGGUGUUGCCGCCGCCCGAUCUGGGCGAGCUGGACGACGAGAACCCGGCGCCGCCGUACAUGCCGAUCCAGGGACAGCGCAGGACCGCCUCCUUGGAGAAGAAGCAGAAAAAGAAGUCGAAGGAUGGCUGCAAACAGCAGAAUCUAAUGAAAAGGAAUGAAGUACUUGAAAGUAAGCAAUUUAUUUUUUAUAGUUUGACUGGUUUUUCCUUACGAAUGAGAAUAUUAUUUAAAAAAUACAUAUCUGUGUCUUGUACGAAUUUAUUUUAAAUUACUUUUACUAAGGUAAAAUUAUAGGAAUAAUAAUUAAGUUCCAAUUAUAUAUAAAUUAACAUUUAAAACAUAUAAUGUUUAUAAGUCAUUUUGAAUAUGGCCAUCCCAAGUACUUCAGGCAGACCAAAUUAAAUCAAAAUAGUGAUAAAAUUAAAUUAAUUUUUUAGUCAUAAAGUCUGUAUAUUUUAAAAUAUCUAUAUAUUAUACUUUUUUACAUUUUUUUGUUCUUUAAAUAUAUGUGUAGGAUCAUAUUGUAUCUGGUUGAAUUAUUUUUGAUUAUCAAUAUUUGAAGAACUGAAUUAUUUUACAAAAUAUGUGUGGUAUUAUGUUAUGAUUAUUAUUUCUGUGUAACAUUAUCAGUUUUUAUUUGUAUUUAUUUUGUUCAAUUUUUAACUUAUUUUCCUAACUUGUGUACAACAAGAUACUAUAUAAAGACUAAAUAUGUAUGAUACUUCAUUAUGGUACUAUUAUUUGUAAGAUUGUGUACUACAUCCACAUUGAGGGAUAGACAUUCAAAAAGGGGCAGUUUAAUUGAUACUCAUUUGAACGAUUUUAACUGGAGUUUUCACAGCUAUCAUAUAAGUAUUAAUAAAAUGUGUUUGGCAAUUUGAUUGAUCCAUAAUUCAAUAAUAAUAAUCAAAUAAUAGAGGACUCAUAACAUACAAUGUCGUUCAAAAUUAUUAAUUUAAUUUAGCCCACAUAUUCUAAGAAUAUUAUGGAAAUAAUAAAUCAAAAUAAGUACAUUAAUAACAAUAAUUAAAUAUUUACGCACUGUAACACCAAAUAUAAAUGCUCAAUAGAUAAUAAGUUUAUUGUUUCACAUAUUUCUUUUAUAUUGCGUAUUUAAUGGUGACUGGUUUUUAUAUAUUUAUUUAUACUUUUAUGUAUUUUUAUAUACAGAUAUUAUUUAAUAAAAUAUAUAUAAAUAA